UUAGAGCACAGUGUUAGAAAAAUAAAGUGAAGAUCUUGAAAAGUUUCAAUUGAUGAUGUUAGGAUUCAUUCUCAUCAUUUUGGUGGGAGCUUGCUUUGCAGAGAAACAAAGCGAUGGACCCCAAUAUGGCCAGCGAUUGGCCGGAGUUAAAGAUUAUCGUGACGACAACUACGCUUGGCAACCGAAUCAACUCUAUGAGUACAAUGUGACCUCGAAAACCAUGACGGCUCUACCUGACCUCCGAGAACAGUGGACUGGAGUGGUCACCCGAGCCAAGAUGAUCAUCAGCCCCAAGAGUGACGGGUACGUGGUAGCUCGCAUCGAACAUCCCAGGUACGCUCAGUUCAACGAACAUCUUCCGAUGGGCUACCGUACCAAUCCCGCACAGCAACAGCUGUCCUGGAAGCCUAUGCCAUUGAGCGAGAAGCCAUUUGCGAUCAAGUACAAGAACGGUGCCAUCAAGGGACUGGUUGUAGAGAAAACUGUUCCCAACCAUGAAGUAAAUAUCCUGAAAUCUUGGGUCAGCCAACUGCAGCUGGACUUUGCUGGAGCUAACCUAGUCAAGUCAAAGUACAACCAACUUCCCCAGAACGAUAGCAUUACUGCUACGUACAAAACCAUGGAGCCUUCCGUGUCCGGCGAAUGUGAGACCUUGUACGAUAUCAAUGCCGUUCCCAAGUACAAAAUCCAAGCUCACAAAGAAUGGGUUCCUCAGCCUCAGCACAUCCAGGCAGGUGAUUGGAUUAUGGAAAUCGGCAAGGCUAAGAACUACAGCAACUGCGAAAGACGCAUGGGAUACCAUUUUGGAAUCACCGGUGCCUCAAACAUCAAGCCUCACACCAACCAGAUGGGAAAUGUCAUGAGCAGAUCUGCCGUCAGUCAGAUCUUCGCCGUUGGUAAUCCAUGGAACCACACCAUUCAAUCGGCUCAAACUACCAGUAAGACCCUUGUCAGUCCUUCUUUGGUAGACCAACAGAAGGCCAUGGUGUACGCUCAGGUCAACAUUACCUUGGAGCAAAUCAAACCGAACGAAAAAGAACCCACUGGUCCAGCCGAAGAUCGUGCUGUAUUCGUUGGAUUAGUCUAUGGAUAUAAUCUUCCUGAGGAUAAAAACAACCUUGCCCGCCCUGAAAAUGAAACAUCCAGCUCGUCAUCUUCCUCCUCCUCCUCCUCCUCUUCUGAUUCAUCCGACUCCAAUUCAUCCAGUUCCUCCAGUUCAGAAGAACAGGAAAACCCCAAAGUUGCUCCAUCCGAGCAGUACAAGGAUGCUCUAGAGGAAGUGGAGCAACGAGGUAACCGCAUCCGUCGUGAUCUGAACGCCCAGAAGGAGAAGCAAUACUACGAAGCCUACAAAUUGGAUCAGUACCGCCUAAGCCGCAACAACGACACCUCAUCCGAUUCCAGCAGCUCUGACGAUUCAAAAUCGUCCUCGUCGUCAUCAUCGUCCUCUUCGGAAUCAGCUGAACACCGCCGACACAACUCCUCUUCAUCUUCCUCCUCCAGUUCAUCUUCUUCCUCCUCGUCAUCAUCAUCGUCUUCUUCAAGCUCCGAAUCCAACUCCUUGGAUAGUGAUGAAGACUUUUACCAGCCAACCCCGGAAAACCAGAAACAACCACCGGCAGCUCCACUGCUCCCCUUCUUCGUAGGCUACAAAGGUGGCAACAUCCAACAAUCUCGGAACAUCAAUGCACCCCGACUCCUGCCGCAGCUGACCCGUAAAAUUGCCCAAGACCUCCAAAACCCAUCUUCCAUUCCAAAAUCCAACACCCUGGAUGACUUCAUCACCCUGAAUAACAUCAUGCGAACCAUGGAUCACCAAGAACUCUACGACGCCGCUCAAAAACUUUUUGUAUCGCACCAGGAACGCGAACACGGAGACAACCAAAGUGAGAAGUUCGCCAUUCAAGUCGACAGCUGGAACGUAUUCCGUGAUGCCUUGGCCGAAGCCGGAACUCCACCCGCCUUCCAGGUCUUGAAACAGUACAUCCAGGAGAAAAAACUGCAUGGCCAGGAAGCUGCUUCAGUCAUUGCCACCCUUGCCAAGAGUCUUCGUUACCCAACGGAAACUCAGAUGCAUGAAUUCUUCCUACUAGCUACGUCCGCAGUUGUCAAGCAUCAAUCAAUCGUUAAUGCCACGGCACUGAUCUCUUUGGGCGACUUCCUCUGUCGCGCUCAGGUGAACAACAUCUCCGCUGCCAACUACUACCCGGUCAACAGCUUUGGCCGUUUGGCUAACUCCCACUACAAGAUUGUUGCUCACAAAGUUGUACCCUACAUGGCCCACGAACUCCGUCAAGCCGUCAAGGAGGGUGGUAGUGAGAAAAUACAGUACCUCGUUCGCGCUAUUGGUAACAUUGGUCAUCCUGAGAUUCUGAACACUUUUGAACCAUACCUGGAAGGACAGAUCCCAGUUACCGACUACCAACGCUUCGCAAUGGUUAUGUCACUUGAUCGACUGACCGAAAACUUCCCGAAACUGGCUCGAUCUGUACUGUUCAAAAUCUUCCAAAACACCGGCGACACCGACGAAGUGCGCUCCGCUGCUGCUCUACUACUGAUGCGUACCAACCCUCCGGUUGCAAUGCUCCAGCGUAUGGCUCAACAAACUGAGCAAGAUAACCGCCAAGUCAGUGCACUGGUAAAAAGCCUAAUUGAAUCCGCUGCCCAAAGUGACCAGUAUGACGAAGCUUCUUCGAAACAUGCUCAGAAUGCGCAAGCGGCUGCCAAGAUGCUCUCACCUGAAGACUUUGGACUACAGUAUUCAACUGGUCAGCUGCGAUCUUAUGCCAUGCAGGGAUUGGAUCUGUCCUAUCGUCUGCAUGCAGCCCAGAUUGCUUCCGAUAACCAUCCAGUUCCAGCUGGUGCUGCAUUACAUUUGCACAAGAAGCUCGGGGGCUUGGAGAGAUUGUCUUCCUACCACUACAUUGUGUCCAAUAUGGAUGCCUUGUUUGAUCUAUUGGACGAAAAGAUUGUCACCGUUGAAGAACAACAGAAAAAGAAGAAUCAUCAGGCCCGAGGACUGGCUUGGAAUCCGAAUCAAUCAAGAAAGUUCGGCCCCAAGAGUGUACAAAUGUGGUCAACUGCAAAGAUCGCUAAGUUGUUGAAUAUUGAUGCGGAAGACGUUGAACAAAUCGAAGGCCAGGUUCUGUUUGAACUAUUCAAUAACCAACGGCUCGUAGCGUUCGAUAACCGCACGCUGGAGAAAAUCCCUAGUCAGAUCAAGAAAUGGGUAAAGGACUUGGAAAACGGAUGGAAUGUAAACUUUACCAAGAUCUAUCAGCAAAACCCAGUUGUGAUGGCUAUGCCUUUGGAAACUGGAUUCCCGUUUACCUAUAGCUUGGAUGCUCCUACUUUGGUUAAGAUCGAAAUAGAAGCUAGUGCUCAAGCCCAUCCAAACCCUGCUGGUAAACCGGCUGGACAUCCAGAAAACGAAUUUGAUGACAAAGUUCACGUGCCUCAAAAUGCUAAAAUCUCCGCUGACGUCAAUAUCGUUUACUCACGGCUGGUAGAUGCCAAGAUCAGUUUUACGACUCUGUUCGAUCACCAACAGUAUAUUGCCGGAUAUCAGAAGAAGCACCAUGCAAAUGUUCCCCUAAGCAUUGAAGCUAAGUUGAACUUGGCUCAAGAUAACUACGAAGUCAACAUUCAACCACUGCAACCGAAGAAGGAUGUCCUGAUUGCUCAUCUUAGCUCCUGGCCGUACACGACCUUUAAAGACAUUGUUGACACACGUUCCGUAGCUGCUAGUCCCAACGCUCAGAUUCUGCAUAAUCCGGAAAGCAACACUAGAUCCAUGGAGAAAACAAUCGGACACAAAAUGACUGGAAUUGCCUGGCGUUUCCAUGCUAAACAUGAUAAUCCAGCAUUCGAUUUUGGCUACGUAUGGGACCGUGUCAAGCAACAUGACCUAGUAUCUGCACUGACCUAUCCAUUUGCAUCUCAACCCAGCCAGUACCACCAGAUCAACCUUUGGUACGAUGCUCAACGAUCUUCAGCCAAAAAUGUGAAGAUCACCGUUCAAGCAAAGAGUGCCAACGAUACUCAGGACUUUGCCAAUUCGGAUAUGAAACAUCCCAAGGGUCGCCAUGGAAUUGACGGAUACUUCAACGAGAAGAACUACGCUCAACCUUCAACGUUCAACCCAGCAAGUGAGCGUCGCCAGGAGCAGUUCACGAUGAAUGCCGGCGCAGGAAUCCGUAACAGCCAAAUCAACACCAUCGAUGUGGGAGUCGAAUUCGAAGGACGCCAGCAGAAGGCCGAGUUUGUGUUGACCGUAUCGAAAGCCAAGUCUACCGUUGAUGGAAAGUCUCGUAGUCUAGUGUUCGCCUCGGCCAGCCCUUACGAACCAAGUGGUCAAAACAAACAGGCUCAAGUUUGCAUGAGUCUUACUCAACAGCACCCAAAGGUACCGAAAUUGAAUUUCCUGAACGCUCUGAACCAAGGGGUCAGCUCGAACGUUGAUUUGGAACUUGCAUUCGGUGAACGAUGCCAGGGAGGAGCUCAGAUAUCAGUCAGCGGUAAACUCCGUCAAAGCGAUCAAUGGCGUCACUCUGUCAGGACUUCCGAAACCGGAAAACAGUGUAAGGAACAGAUGGAUCAAGGCAACUACCAGCUUCCAGAAUGUCAGAAUGCUACCCGUCAAGCGAGCUACCUAGAUCAGUAUGAGCUCAGCAUCGAAUUCAAGGAUGUUCCAGCAGCCACACAGAAUGCUACCCGUAAACUCAUGAACAUUGCUCAGGCAGUUUUUGCACCACGAUGGAAUGAGAACUCCGUUAGUCAUCACGGAAAACAAGGACGUUCCCAGAUCCAGAUCGAAUUCUCACCACACGCUGAUCGAGUGAACGUGACCCUUGCUAUGCCGAAUAGAAAGGUUCAAAUCCAGAACCAACCGAUCCAAAGUCAAUGGGCCAAGUAUCUGCUGUUGGUGCACCCGGAUCUUGAUUGGGACGAGCGUUUGAGUACCUAUGCCUACCGCGGAAAUUUGAAACCAUCCUGCGUCGUUGCCCCUCAACACGUUAGCACUUUUGAUGGAAGAUCAUACAACUACAGCACAGGAAGCUGCUGGCACGUGGCCAUGCAUGCCGUUAAACCCGAGCUAGAGGUUACCUCGCAGCAUUCGCACUUCAACUCUGAUGACGAAAGUGAAUCGCAGAACAACGGCUUCAAGCAGCACCAGCAGAUCAGUGUACUGACCCGAUCCGAUGACAAUCAGCAACAACACCUUAGAAUAGUCCUUGGUCAACCACAAGCUUGGAACCAUAACAUCGACAUCGUACCCAACGGAGCUGGAUUACCACAGGUAUACCUGAACGAUGAGCCACUCCAGGUUCAUGAAAAGCACACCAUUCCAAUCUACUCGGAUGACGAAGACGAUCAACCUUUGGUUCGUGUUCACGCUCUUCCCGGUAAUGAAGUCGAAGUUGAUAUCCGUGAUGGUCAGGUUAUCAUUGUCAGUGAUGGCUACCGAGCCAAAAUCUCCACGCACCAGACUCUUCAUGGCAACACUGUUGGCAUGUGCGGAACCAACAACAAGGACGGCGACAACGACUUCACCACUCCCCAACAAUGCGUUAUGCGUAAGCCGGAACUAUUCGCGUCUUCCUGGGCUGUAUCUGGACAGAACUGCUCUGGACCUGCCAAGGCUUUCGCUAUUGCUUCGCAACAGAAACAACAGGAGAACUGUAUUCGCGUUCAGCACCUGUACGGAAACGUAAUUAGCGAUGCCGAUACCGGUCGCAAGCGCUACCGCAACUACAACCACAACGUCCAAUCGUCGUCUUCUAGUUCAUCGGACUCUUCGUCUUCGUCGUCGUCUUCCUCUGAUUCGAGCAACGAAUCCGACUCAAAGACACAUGGUUCAUCAUCUUCUUCCUCUUCCUCCUCCUCGGAAAGUGCCGAGUACAACCCAGCCUACCAGAAGAACACAAUCAAGGAGUGUGAAGUCAAACACCAGGCCCAGUACAUCAUGCAAGGUGACCAGAUUUGCUUCACCAAACGUCCUCUGCCGGCAUGUCCAGCCCAUUGUAAGGCUGCUGAUAAAAUUGAGAAGCACGUGGACGUUCACUGCCGUGAUGGUUCCGAUCAGGUAGCACAGCAGUUCCAAAGGCAAAUCCAAAAAGGAGGCAAUCCGGAUAUGCACACCAAGUCGGUGUCCAAGACGAUCAAGUUUUACCUACCCAAGCGGUGCGUUUAUGCCAACUGA